UAUCUCCGCCCGCGCCGCCGCCCCAGCCCGGCAGCAGCAGCAGCCGCCGCGGAGCCGGGAGCCGCCUCGCCUCGCCUCGCCGCGCCGCCAUGGGGGUGGAAGGCUGCACCAAGUGCAUCAAAUACCUCCUCUUCGUCUUCAACUUCAUCUUCUGGCUGGCCGGAGGAAUCAUCCUGGGAGUGGCCCUGUGGCUCCGUCAUGACUCACAGACUACGAAUAUCCUUUACCUGCAGCUGGGGGACAAGCAAGCCCCCAACACCUUCUACGUUGGGAUCUACAUCCUGAUUGCGGUUGGUGCUGUCAUGAUGUUUGUGGGGUUCCUGGGAUGCUACGGCGCGAUUCAGGAGUCGCAGUGCCUGCUGGGAACGUUCUUUACUUGCCUGGUGAUCCUGUUUGCCUGCGAAGUCGCGGCUGGAAUUUGGGGUUUUGUCAACAAAGACCAGAUUGCCAAAGACGUGAAGCAGUUCUAUGACCAAGCGUUUCAACAAGCGCUCAUGGCAGAAUCGGAGACAAACAACGGGAAAGCCGUAGUGAAGACCUUCCAUGAAACGCUGGACUGCUGUGGUCCUGAUGCUGCAACAGGAGUUAUCACUCCCUUAUGGAGAGAGGACCUCUGCCCGAAGAAGGACUUCAUGAAAACCCUUUCUCAGAUGACCUCGAGCUGUCACCAAAAAAUUGAUGAGCUGUUCUCUGGGAAGCUGUACCUGAUCGGUAUUGCUGCCAUCGUGGUUGCCGUCAUCAUGAUCUUCGAAAUGAUCCUGAGCAUGGUGUUGUGCUGUGGCAUAAGGAACAGCUCCGUGUACUGAGACGUGAGAGCCGGGGAGGGGACGGGACGGGGGGAGCAGGGCAGACGGCGCUAGAGGGGACCCCAAGUGCCACCAAGUGACCAGGAGACAUUUCAACAAAAGACAAAGAAAACUAUGUAUAUAGAUACUUCCAAUAUUACCAUACAGUACUUACCAUUUUUAUUUUGAAGUACUUUUUUUAAUAAAUAAAACUUUCCCGUAUCCUUGUGGCUGAGUUAGUUACACAUCAGUUUUGUGUGAUAGGGAAAGCUGCCGUAGCAGGAGUUUCAGUCCUUCCUACCCCUUCCCCACCGGAGAAAUUCAGAGAUGAGGUUCGUGGGAGAUGUACAGAGCAGAAGGCUGCAGCCUGUUAUCAGAAAUCUUUGCCUUGGUUUUUACUCUUUUUCAAUACUGACUUUUGUUUUUUAUAGAUAUGUAAUUGGAUGCUGAAGCAGGAUUUAGCAUUUUUUUGUUUUGUUUUGUUCAUUCUCAUCUUUUCCUCCCAUCGCCCCAACUCCCUGGUGUUUCCAAGCUGUCGGUAGGGAAGUCUGGCUGUAGCUGCCUGAAGCCUGGUAGAAAGGAGAGGAAACAGCCCGAGCCGCCUAGGUGAGAUGCACCCGGGGGAUAUGGGGAUGGACUGUUCCUAUCCAACCUGUUUGCGUUGCUAGAUGAACUAUUAACAGAACAUUUAAAAUUUUCAGCCUCUGAAGAGUGGGGAUGUUUAUGGCUUUAUGUUUUCUUCUGGAGGCUGUAACUUUAUAAAUUGACUCAUUUACAUUGACCCAUUACAUUAAAGGGUCGGUGUCUGCGGUGAAUUUAGUCUUAGCUUUUCAGAUUUGACAUACUGAAAAUUAAGUCACUUUUUUUAACUUUCUUGAAUGUUUCUUUAUAGACAUAUUAUGUUUUUGGGAGAGUCUAGUGCUGUACUAAGUUUUCAGUGUUACGCUAAUGCUUACAUACAAAUGAUAUUGGGGGAAAAAGAAAACUUAAAAAAAAAAAGUCCUUAACCUUAAAAAUAAUACAUUUAUAUUAUACAGGAUGACUUUUGGGGAUUCCCUGCCAUAUGCACACAUAUUUAAAAUUUAAUCUUUGCAUCACUUUCUUGUUCAAUUAAAUUGUCCUUGCUUGUAGCACUUUGUCACACACACUAACAUUGCUAGGAAACUUUCAUAACUUUGAAAAAAUGUUUAUUUUUAAGACCUUCCAUUCCCAAUGAUAUUAAUGGUAGGAAAUCAGCUUAUCAAAGCAAGGGAAUUCAGGAUUUUCAAUGGCACCAGUUGAAACACUUUCUUGUGACCUGCUAGGCUUCGAUUGCCACCGAGAUGUAUGUGGCUUCUAGCGUGUGCCACCCUGGCGAGGUAGCGAGACAGCUGCUACCGUGUACAUAGAGAGGAAGAAUGACCCAGGUCCUAUGUAAUAAAAUUAGAGUGUCUCUAAAAAGAUGAUCUAUAUGUAUAGUUCUAUAGAUAUAUAUUUUUAAGCAAAGCCUUUUCCUUACCUUAUGGGCACUUGAGCUGGAAACGGUAGCCUCUUUCAGCUCUUUGCCACAUUGAAGCAGAUAGGAGGAGUUGAAACUUGUGAUCACCUUCCUCACUUCAGGAAUAUUUCUGUUUCUUAGUGUUUCACUCUCCCCCCUCACCUUAAAGUUGUGACGAAGAACACCAAAUCAGACAGGGAGAGAGAACUGUGUUCAUUUUACGCUAGUACCUUGUCCACGGCACUUGGGUACCGUAGCCUUUGCCAAAAUGGGAGAGGAAAUUCCUGCACUGGGGCAAACUGAUCCAUCCAGAAGCUUUUCUCCCCUUCCCCUCACCCCUUUCCUGUUCUUGCCUUUUAGUAUAUAGGGCCUUUUAAAAGUAUAUAGGUAUAUAUAUCAAGUUGUGCUAGGUAAGAGGAGGAAGUGCUUCAACAGACCUUCAGUUUGAGGAGGUGGGACAAGAAACGAUUCAGCCUUAGAAACAGCCUUAAAGCAACACUGCCCGAAUGUCCACUUUGUGCACAUUGAGAAUGCGACGAGACUUCGCAGUAGGUAACCUCUUCCCCUGCUCCCCAGCGUAGGUCCUUCAGGUCAUCUACUCUGUUAUGUGGCUAUAUGUAUACGCAUCACCCAAGCAUGUGUGUUUACAUAUACGUGCAUCAGGAUUGUUAGCAUACAGAAUGGAUGUGUAACUUGCCGCCUUUUUUGUUGACUGUUGAUAAAUGUGUAUAAAUAUGCCAUUAAGCAUUUCAACUCUGUUUUCUUUCCUUAUACUGUAUUUUUGAUAUUGUUCAGUAUUCAGUUGAUGCUGUGUAAGUAGCUGAAGCUCUGUUUGAAGGUGGAUAGGGUCUCCCCGCGGAGAACUUGAUUGCGGGUCAGGCAUGUCCUUGGGCAUUGCAGCCUCAGUGGUCUGGGUUGUCCCAUGCAGGAGCGAUGGGGAGAAAGUGCUGCUUUGAGAGGUCUGACAGCUGAGAGAGGAAGAAGAGCAGGAUGUUUGCUUCAGCCCAUGUCCCACCUGGGUGGGAUUUGUUUUCUGGCCCCUUUCAUGGGUGACUGGUGGUGCUUGCAGUGAGCCGCAGUGGCAGCUACCUCCUUCAGCAGGAAUGUGCUGCGGGCACUGGUGGCAUGGGAGCGGGGAGAGGGCCUGCCAAGGUGGGAGGAUCGUGGGAGGGGGCUGAGGAGGAGUUUUGCGGGGGAUUUAACACUGUCUUUGGGGUUGUUAGCUGAGAGUCCCUGUGUUCGACUGUGUGGUUAUGAGCAGGAGCAGGUCGGCAAGGGGAGAAAGGGGAGCUGGCUUGCUUAAGAGUGGUGAAGUAGCUGAGAAACCAGCAUGGAGAAACUACUCACGUGGGUUUUCUCCAGCCUGACCUCCUGUGAUGAUGGAUCUGAGUUAAAACAAACUCGAGGGGGCUUGUCCUUUAGCAAGUAGUCGAGAUCCAAAAGUGACAGAGCUCUGCAGCCAGUCAGUCCCAGAGCUCACCGAGGUGAAGGGGAAAAAACCCUGGCUCCUAAUCUCUUUCAGAUGCUGUCCUGUGUAGCUGUGCAUUGUGUGCACGAUCUGGGCCCCAUCCUGCCCCCCAUCCCACAGCUGGACUAAGGGUCAAAUUGUGGGCUGUAAAUACAAACCCUCGCUCUCCAGGGAAGCGUCUUCCUGGAGCGACACCUGAGAAAAUGGUUGUAAGCCCGAGCAGGGAGGAGGAGAGUGAACUGGCCGGGUCUGAGUUCAAAGACCCCAGUGCAAGGUCAAACAGAGCCGCUGACAGCUUAACUGAAUGCUUGGCAUUCUUUCUGACUGUGGAGCAUGCCACAAAGCAGUGUGUUUAACUUCUUUCUGCCUUUUUCUUUCUUGUUUUUAAAGAAACAAAAGUCAAUUUAAUAAACGUUUCUCAUAGUGUG